AUGGGGAAAAGAAAGCAUAAAGAACUCACUUUAAAAACAAAACAUGAAGCUCUCCGUGACUUGGAGGAUGACAAGUACGAAAAAUUGAAUGAAUCGUUGUUGACUUGGUUUACCUCAAUGCGUGGUAACAACAUCCCAAUUAACGGACCAAUUUUAAUCGAGAAAGCUCGUGAAUUUGCCACAGCAUUUAACUAUGAAGAUUUUUCAGCAUCGAACGGAUGGUUGAGAGGCUGGAAGGAGAGAUAUGGAAUCACAUUCAAAGAAGUAUCUGGGGAGUCCGCAAAAGUAACAAGUGAGAUGACAGCACCUUGGGAAGAAACUACCCUACCAACUAUAUUGGCCAGAUAUGAAUUAAAAGACAUCUUCAAUGCCGAUGAACUCGGCCUAUUCUACCAAGCGCUACCAUCAAAGUCUUAUCACUUCAAAGGAAAACGCUGUUCCGGCGGAAAGCACAGCAAAGUGCGCCUAACAGGAAUGGCUGCAUCUAAUGCUUUGGGCGAAAGACUUCCAAUGUUUGUGAUUGGAAAGUCCGCGAAACCCAAAUGUUUCAAAAACUUGAGAAAUCUACCCUGUCGGUAUCGCUCGCAAAAUAAAUCCUGGAUGGAUGGAGUAUUAUUUGAAGAAUGGGUUAGAGAAUUAGAUCGUAAAUUCGAGUCACAAGGAAGGAAGAUUGUUUUAAUAGUCGACAACUGUCCCGCACACCCAAACAUCACAGAGUUAAAGCGUGUAAAUCUACAAUUCCUGCCACCUAACACCACUUCUUGUACCCAACCUAUGGAUCAAGGAGUUAUCAGCCAUUCCAGUGUUGUCAAAGAAAAAAGUUUGUUUGGUAACACUAGAAUGUCUUCCAAUUACUCUCUACCAAAACAAAACAAAAUCAAAAAUUUUUUUUGGCAUACUAAACUUAAGUAA